AUGAGUCAGAUAAGGCCGUACUCCACCACGAAACCAGGAAGCUCAGGCGGAAACAGCGCUCCACCACCAAUACAAAAGUGGAAGGGAUACGAGGUGAUUGAUACGAAGAAAGCUUGCGUUUAUAGGGUAGACUUGCCCGGUUGUCAUGGAUCGGAUCUCUCUUACUCGGUCGACUCCACCAACGUCCACUUCUUCGCCGACGAACUAGCCAAGCCUGAAUACAACUACUCCGGUCGCAAAUACGGUGGAACUAUGCACUCAACCCAAAGACCUACGAUGUCAAGGAAGCAAAGGUUAAGCUUGUCAAUGGAGUGCUCUGGAUCACUGUUCCUAAGAUCCCUGGUACAAACGCUACCAUUGAUACCACUGAGAAGAUGUUUUACUGUAAGCUAA